GAGAGGGCCUAUGUUUGAUUUCUCAGACGUCAUAUAUCUCCUGAAUGGCAGGAUGCUUGUCUUUUAUUCUUAUCAGAUUGGUGUGGGCUUAGUCCUCGAGGUAGUCACCUGUCCUGAUGGAGAACGGGAACCUGUCUGACACCAUGAAAAAAGUUGGACUUAUUGGAGUAUUACUCUUAGCCCAGGCAAAGUCAUUAUCAGGUUGUCAUCCUCAUGUCAAUCUUGUGAAAGAAGAGGAGAAAUGCAUCAAGGAUUUGCAGCUGAUUCGGUCACCAGAAGGUCUAUCAGAAAGCAACACCAGUGGACACUGUAGAGGAAUGUGGGAUGGCCUGAACUGCUGGCCAUCUGCUUCUCUUGGACAAACUGUCUCUCAGCCUUGUCCAAACCAUGAGUUUUUCAGUUCAGAAGGUAAAGUGCAUCGCAACUGCACCUCCAACGGCUGGUCAGACCCACUGGUCCCUCAUGAAGAAUCUUGCAACUACACUUUUAACGAGACACUCCACUUCCUCGGGGAGUCCUCAGAUUAUCAUUUGUACUUCUCCUACGUGAAGACCAUGUACACAGCAGGAUAUACUCUCUCUCUCAUCUCUCUCACCAUCGCUAUCACUAUAUUCUGUCUGUUCAGAAAGCUUCAUUGUACCAGGAACUACAUUCACAUCCAGAUGUUUAUCUCUUUCAUCCUGAGAGCCGUCUUCAUCUUCAUCAGGGACUCUCUGCUAUUCACUAAUGAAGAGCUCUACCAUUGUGACUACUACGCGGUGGCAUGUAAGGUUGUGGUGAUAUUUUCCAACUACUCCAUCCUGGCAAACUACAGCUGGCAGCUGGCUGAGGGUCACUUUCUCUUCACUCUGGUGAGCCGCUCCUUCUUCUCCCUGAAGAAACACCUGGCCUGGUACAUCGCUCUGAGCUGGGGGUUACCUGUGGUUGUUAUCGUCUCCUGGGGUUGUUCCAAGUACUUUUAUGAAGAUGAAGGCUGUUGGGAAUCUAGGAGACAUGAAUGGAUUUGGUGGAUACUUCGGGUGCCCGUUCUUCUGACAAUAUCUGUCAAUCUCGUCUUUUUCUUGGGGAUUUUGAGGAUACUGAUGAGCAAACUCCGAAUGCCAGAUGCUCAGUGGAAUGAAUUCAGCCAGUAUAAGAGGCUGAUCAAGUCCACAUUUUUCCUGGUGGCUCUCUUUGGUCUGCAUUACAUCCUGUUUGUUUUCUUACCUGUUGAAGUAAGCAGCUCAGUGUUUCUGAUAUGGACCUUUGCGGAGCUGGCUCUGUCAUCCACACAGGGUUUUGUGGUUGCUGUGCUCUACUGCUUCAUGAAUGGAGAGGUGCAGCAUGAGUUUCAGCGCAGAUGGAGAAGGUGGAAGCUGACUCAACACCUCCCCAGUCGGCGCAGGCAGCACCGCGGCUCCAUCAGCCACAGUGCUUCACCUCACACACAGGUCACACUGCUGCCCUGCUCUCCAGGCAGUUCAACACCCACUGGACUCCCUACUGUGGACACUGUGGACAUGUAA